AUUAUUUAUUUAUGUAAACAUUGAAUUAUUAGUCGUAAAAAUAAUUAAUUUAGUAUUCAGCAAUAUCGAUACUGUACCAAAAUAUUAUGCAAUUGAGAUUGUGAUACCGAAGUUAUUUAUUUAAUAUAUGAUAUUUCAAUAUUUAGCCGAUACUCUAUGGAUUUCUAGCUUAAUUUGCAGCCACAAACAUCCGCCCGCAACUCGGAACCCGCCACGUGUCAAUUCUCUUCCUAGAUCCUCGAGAAUCCCAUUCCGCUGCGCUUCCAGCCGAAGGUAGUCGCCGGAGGAAUCUCCCCAUUCUUGCUCCCUCCCUCCUUUCCUUACCCACUUUCCCUCCGUCCAUCUCUCUCCCUCCGGCCACGACGGAGGCGGCCGCCGGUGAACCGCAAAACCGACCCGCACCCAUUUGGAGCAAUUAAAUGAAACUCCACAAAAGCAAAACCCUUUUGCGUUAAUUAUCUGGUUUCAGUUUACUCCAAUUCCCAAUAAUGGAUAAUCCAAUCCCGGAAUCGAAUAAUGCCUUUGCGCUCACUUUAUCCUCUCCCCCAACCCCAAAUUCCUCCUACGACUACAAGCUUUUAUUAGAUUAGAUGUCUCGUGGCUUCCCGCCGAUUCCCAACCCUUGCUGCUGCUGCUGCUGUUCAUUCGUCCCCGCCCCUUCGCCUUCUUCUUCUUCUGCUCCCUUUUGUUGUCCCACAAAUUCCCUGGCAUCGGAUUCGCUACUGAUACUGUCAUCCCCCAAUCGCCAUCCCGCCUCUGCCUCUGGAACAUGUCUAUUUAACUCCACCAUGCGCUUCCCCAGGAACCCAGCCGUUGCCUUUUGCCUCUCCAUCUUCUUCUCUCCCAACCUCUCUCGCCCUGCUUCUCCCUUCUUGUCUUCCUCACGGAGCGCCUGCACCAGCCGCCGAUACUCUCUCGGGAAGAAGAAAUCGUUUCACUCCUCAGGGGCUAUUCUACCACACGCUAGCUACACCAUGGAUGAGGUUCACAGAACUGUUGAAGGCAAUGAUGGAACGUCAAAAGGACCACAUAUAUGGGCCUCGCCUGAAGGAGGUAGUGAUAUUGAAAUUGCAAAGCAGAUCUUUUGCAACCGAUCAUUGAAUAUGAGGAACAUCGUGGCUGUUGGUUUUGAUAUGGAUUACACAUUGGCACAAUACAAACCCGAAACCUUUGAGUCGCUUGCAUAUGAAGGCACAAUCAGAAAGUUGGUCUAUGAUCUUGGUUAUCCUCCAGAGCUGCUGCAUUGGACGUUUGAUUGGACUUACAUGGUUAGAGGCUUGGUUCUUGAUAAGAAAAGAGGGAACAUCUUAAAAAUGGAUCGCCACAAGUAUGUGAAAGUGGCUUACCAUGGCUUUCGAGAGAUGUCCAAGGAAGAAAAAGUUGGCACUUAUGGGAGUACUUUGAUACGAGAUUCUUUCGAUGAACCAGAUUAUGCUCUAAUUGAUACUCUAUUUUCAUUAGCUGAAGCCUACUUGUUUGCUCAGCUUGUGGACUUGAAGGACAAGAAUCCCGGAAAAGUUCCUCAAGGAGCUGAUUAUGCUCGUAUGUAUAAAGAUGUUCGAGCUGCCGUUGAUUUGUGUCAUCGUGAUGGAACUUUGAAGCAAAUGGUUGCCGAAGAUCCGAAGAGAUACAUUAAUGAGGACACAUCUAUAGUUCCAAUGCUCAAGAUGCUUAGAGAUUCUGGACGUGCUACGUUCUUGGUGACAAAUAGCUUAUGGGACUAUACAAAUAUCGUGAUGAAUUUUCUUUGUGGAGGUCGUACAAUGCAUGGUAGUGACCCUUGCAAUUUUGAAUGGCUAAAGUACUUCGAUGUUGUUGUCACUGGCAGUGCAAAACCAGGGUUUUUCCAUGAAGAUAAUCGUGCUGGUCUGUUUGAGGUUGAACCUGAAAGUGGGAUGCUACUGAACACUGAUAAUGGAACUCCUAUGCCGCAGGUGGGGAACACAGUGCCAAGGAUUGUACUGAAAAAGGAGCUAAGUAAACCAUGCAGAGUCUUCCAGGGAGGAAGUGUUGGUCAUCUUCACAAGUUGCUAUCAAUUGAGUCAAGCUCUCAGGUUCUUUAUGUUGGUGACCAUAUUUAUGGAGAUAUUCUACGCAGCAAAAAAGUUCUAGGUUGGAGAACAAUGCUUGUUGUUCCUGAACUUGAGAGGGAGGUUGAACUUCUUUGGCAAUUAAGGGAUACACGCAGGCAACUUAGGUUGUUAAGGAAUGAACGUGAUCAUAUUGAAGAUGAAGUUCAUCACUUAAAAUGGUCUCUCAAGUUUGAGAACCUAAAUGCUGAUAGGAAGAAGAAGCUAUGCGGUACUCUUGAUCAACUGGAGGUUGAAAGAGAUAAAGUAAGAAUCACUCACCAACAGGCUCAACGGGAGUGUCACCAAAAGUUCCACAAAGUAUGGGGACAACUUAUGAAGACCGGGUAUCAGAACUCUCGGUUCGCCCACCAGGUUGAGAGAUUUGCUUGCCUGUACACUAGCCAAGUAUCGAAUAUAAGCUUGUACUCGCCGGAUAAGUACUACCGACCCAGCGAAGAUUUCAUGCCCCACGAGUUUGGUAUUCUGCCACUCUGAAUGCUAAAGGAGAGCAUUUCAGGGAAAGAAAGAAAGGCUUCUUUUAUCGUUUUGGGUUCUUGGAAAAGGGUUAAUAAUUUGAACACAACGGGUUCAUUUUGUUUCCUUCUGUUACUUUUGACAAUGCUCCCGCCCUGUCUAGUUUGAUUCAAUGUCACAAGGUUCCUUCUUUUUUCUCGCGUCAACUCGAGACUUUGCUUUUUAUGAAUGUUAUAAUAAGAAACGCGCAGCAAUCAAUCUGAUUGCUCAUAGCCAUUUUGUGUGUGCUUGCACAAGGCAAAAAGGCUUCUGUCUCAUAUUAAACGAACAGAAUGUUCUCUUCUUUAGGGGUGGGGGUGGGAAAAUGAUUGUGGUGGUUAAAACCAAUCGCAUCGAGUAAGUGUGGUUUGUGGUUAACAACUAAUCGUUUAUAUGGGGUCUUAUCGGUCUUGGUUAGUAUGAUAGAUGGUUUUGGCAGUUUGCGGUAAUAAAGACAAAAGUGAAUAACUAACCCAUAUUACAGUAAACUACCUAUUAAGAAAUGCUUCAUGUCAAAAGGAAACUGAAAGACGGUUCUCUUCUUCCACCGUCACCGGCGAUCGCCAGAAAACCGUCCACCCAAAAUUAUCCAAACUUUCAAAGGGCAAAUCACAUUGCAGUUGUGAGAGUUCCGGAGCGGCUGUUACCAACAUCAUCGCAGGCAACAUGUUCCAGCACCGCCAACAGAUCGGGAUUUCCUCGUCGGCCGUCGUCGGCCUUUCUCCUGUCUGCCACCGCCGCUGUCGAGUGACUGCCUUCUGUCAAACAUCAUCGUAACCGCAACAACAAAGUCAGCGUCGUGACGGUCAGACAUCUACUACAUAAUGGGAAGAUAUGCCCAGAAAACAAGAAUUCACAAUGCUGAUCUCAAGAAGAAGGCGUCGUCCAUCCUCCCCGGUCUCCAUAAUCGCCGAAGUCGAUCUCUACAAUUUCGACCCCUGGGAACUACCCGCUUCGUUACAGUUUCGGAGGCGCACCAAUACUGCUGGUCGAACUCCGACGGUUACAAUUCAAGAAGCAGAUACAACUAUGACAGUUACACUUUUGGGGGAGGUUCUUCCGCUAAUCUCGUGUCAGAUAAGAAGUUCACGCACUAACGAUGAUUCUCGAUAGAAGGGUCGAGUUCGACGGAUUUCGAUUUUCACUCUUUUCCGCAAUUGUGCGCUCCAGCAAUUUGCUGCCCAACGCCCUUGUGCAUAGCUGCUCGUGGUGUUUCCCCAUCUCUGACACCCUUUCCGGUGAGUUUUACCUAUCUUUUUGCAGGAGUUGCGGGCUGGGAUCUUCGGUGAGUCUUUCCAGCGGGUGACGAGUCUUGCCGACGAUCGGCCAGGCUAGUGGCUGCAGUUACAUCUUUGUGCAGUUACCUCUCCCGUGGCUUCCUUCUUGUUCAAAACGCUCCGCCUUCGGACGGUUAUAAUUUCAUGACCAUUAAAAUUCUAAUGGAUAG